CGGUAACGAGAUUAAAAUGCACUUAUUUGUUUUCGCUGUUAAGCGGAUAUAUCGGAUUUUUACUAGCAUUUGACCAACAGUCGCUGAUCACGCUAUUUUUUAAAACGUAAGCGUUGUACAAGGAGGUCGUAUAUUCGCGCCAUUUUUGACAGAUUCAAUAAAGUCAACGAGUGAUUGUAUUAUACAAAAUUUUCGGUGAAAAUGGAUUCGUUUAUGGAUUUCUAUUUCGACGAAGUGUUCAUUAAUCUAGAGAGAGAUUGCCUCAACGAAAGAUACAAAAGGCGCGAACUUGUGCAAUAUUUUAAUUCUGUAAUCGCUGGAUGUGCUAGAGGACAAAACAAAUCGGACAACGCAACAUGCAAGAAUUUUGUCAACUCAACACUUCGGUACCACAACAGUUGUAAAGCCAAUAACGGUGAUGUUUGUCUCAUGGGAAAGUACCACAAUCUCCUGUAUAUUGCCAUGAAACUGGCGUUUGACUGGAGCCUGCAAGAUAAUGGCGUCGUAGCUGCCCUUUUGGAUGAAUUAUAUGCUUGUGAACGAACUUUCGAGAGGAUAUUUUUAGGGGCAAUAUUUGGAACAUCAGCACCAUUCUUUUUAGCUGGCUGGAAAUCAGACUUCGUGGACAGAGAGGAGAACCUUCACGCUUUAGUUUUCUUCCUCGACCACGCAACCAACGCCAAUUUAGAAUUCCACGACGAAGAUAAGACGUAUCGCUUCAUCGAUGUUCCUCUAGAAAGCUGUGGAAAAGCAUCCCCAGUAAGAGUUGUAAUUCAAAUGGGUGCCGCUGAAAUGUUAAUGAUUCUGCUAAGGUUUGGAGCCAGAAUCACUGCGGAUCAUGUAUCGUCCAAUCCCAUAGAAUCAAUUUUGGAUAGACUCAACGAAUACAAUCGCAAAUAUCCAUACGAAUUGGUCACAUGUCUCAAAUUAACACUGAGAGCGGUGCCUCAUUUGAAUCUGACGGUCGAUAAGGAAGCAGCGAAGCGUUUGGAACUGCCAGAAGAUUAUAAUUACCAGAGAAAGAUUGCAUUGGAAAAGUAUGGGGAUAUAUUGCGUGAUCAUUUGGUUCCUUCGUCGAGGUGCGGGUUACAACCGGUGGAGUUGAAACACUUGUGUCGAUGUCUUGUUAGGCAAAUAUUGUGGAAGAACUUUGAGCUACCGUUCGGUAUACAGAAGCUACCGAUACCAUUGUCUCUGAAAAAAUAUCUGGAUUUGUUCGAUGAUUAAAUGAAUAAAGCGAUAUUUGAAUAUCA